GAAUGGAGAAAUUGUUUAAAAUUAAAAAUAAUUAGGGGAGGAGGUGCAGUACAUCUAUCCAUAGACCCCCUACCAACUAUACGAAAGGCCUGUUUCCAGGAAGUACCCUCGUUUCUCUUUCUCUACAUAUAAAACCCCUAUCAUAUCUUCUACUAUUUCCAUUCAUUCACUACUCGCAGUACUACCGCUGUAAACUAUGGAACCAAUUAACUACACCUGCUUUCCUUCUACAUCAUCUUCAGACUCUUCUUCUUCGGACUCUUCCUUCUCCUCCAAGUCGCCCAGAGACCCAACCAACUCCGACAGGAUCAAGGGUCCUUGGAGCGCCGAAGAGGAUCGGAUUCUUACACGACUCGUCGACCGGUACGGUCCCAGGAAUUGGUCUCUCAUUAGCCGAUACAUCAAGGGUCGUUCCGGAAAGUCUUGCAGGCUCAGGUGGUGCAACCAGCUCAGUCCCAAUGUUCAACACCGCCCCUUCUCUCCAGCCGAAGACGAAACCAUCCUCGCCGCCCACGCCCGCUACGGCAAUCGAUGGGCCACCAUUGCCCGCCUACUCCCCGGUCGUACCGAUAAUGCUGUCAAGAACCACUGGAACUCUACGUUGAAGAGAAGAGCAAGAGAGUUAUUACCUCAGCAACGGCAGCAAGUAAUGACGGGGGGAUCGAUGGAGGAGGAAGAGCUGACAGCGUUGACUCUGGCGCCGCCGGGUAGGAGGGGAUGCGGCGGGGGGUUGGUGGUGGAGGAAGAGGAGGAGAGGAGGAGGGAGAACUUUCCGGCUGGGUUUUGGGAUGCGUUGAGGGAUGUGAUUGCUAGGGAGGUGAGGGAUUAUGUGACAUCCUCGUUGACUGAUUUUUCAAAAUCGCAUUGACCAUUUAUUAUUAUUAAAAUUAAAAUUAAACACGCCCUUUUCUUCAGCGUGUUAUGUUCUAAAAACAUUAAUUAGUUUCCGAAAUUUAUUUGGUGUUAAUACGGUGGUUUUCCCUUUUGGGGAUUCACUUUUCGAGGAAGCUAAAUUGUAAGGUUAUGAGUACUGGUUGAGCUCCA